AUGGCAGGAGAACAGUAUUCACAAACCGAAGCUGAACUUUAUUACCUCAUUGCCAGGUUUCUGCUGUCUGGACCUUGCAAAAAAGCAGCAAAGGUUCUGAUCGAGGAGCUGGAGGAGUAUGAGUUAAUACCUGAACGAUGGAGUUGGCAUGGGGAGAAAUACAAACGGACCUUUCGAGACUGGGUGACUUUAAACCAGCACAUUCCUGCAGACUAUCUGCUCCAUGUUUGUCGGCGGAUAGGUCCGCUUAUAGAGAAGGAGAUCCCACCUAGUGUUCCUGGAGUCCAAACACUUCUUGGACUUGGAAAACAGUCCUUGCUUCGUACCACCAAAAGUUGCAGCCACAAAGUAUGCAGUGGCUCAGCUGUCGCCGCACUGCACCGAGGACGUCCACCAGAACCUCCAGUCAGCAUUGGCAACCCUCCCAAUGUUGUGUCCAUCAUGGGCGCUCGCCAGGCCACAGGCAGAGCUCGUUUCAGCCAGGCCGUUCCGUCUUCCUCCUAUCAACACAUGAAGAUACACAAACGUAUCCUUGGCCACCUGUCUUCAGUCUACUGUGUAGCCUUUGACCGCACCGGCCGUCGGAUAUUUACGGGUUCUGAUGACUGCCUGGUUAAAAUCUGGGCCACAGAUGACGGCCGGCUCCUGUCCACGCUCCGCGGCCACUCGGCAGAGAUCUGUGACAUGGCCGUCAACCAUGAGAACACCUUCAUCGCCUCAGCCAGCUGUGACAAAACCAUCAGAGUGUGGUGCCUGCGUACCUGCGCACCCAUCACGGUUCUGCAGGCCCACGCUGCCUCCAUCACGUCUAUACAGUUUUGUCCUGCCAUCAAAGGGACAACAAGGUACCUGGCCUCCACCGGUGCAGACGGCAUGGUGUGUUUCUGGAAGUGGCACUCGCUCAGCAUGAAAUUCCAGGAUCAACCAGUCAAGUUUGUUGAGCGUUCACGUCCAGGAGUACAGGUCUCCACUUCCUCUUUCAGCAGUGGUGGUAUGUUCAUGGCAACCGGUGGCACUGAUCAUCUGAUCAGAGUCUACUACCUUGGUGGGGAAACUCCUGUGAAGGUCUCUGAGAUGGAUGCGCACACGGAUAAAGUUGUAGUCGUCCAAUUUAGCAAUAACAGCGACAGUCUAAGGUUUGUGAGCGGCAGUCGUGACGGCACAGCCAAGAUCUGGCAUUACCAGCAACAGGAGUGGAAGAGUGUCACUUUAGACAUUAGUGCCAGGCUCCCCGGGAGUGCUGUCGCCAAUGGCGAUGAUAAAACUAAGCUGGUGGUGACCAUGGUGGCGUGGGACCGUGCAGACAGCACCGUCAUCACAGCGGUGUCAAACUACCUGCUCAAAGUGUGGAGCACCACCACGGGACAGCUGCUGCAUGUCUUAUCUGGCCAUGACGAUGAGUUGUUUGUGCUGGAGGCUCAUCCAUUUGACUCCCGCAUCAUGCUGUCUGCUGGCCACGAUGGCAACAUUUACAUGUGGGACCUCGCCAAAGGAACCAAGAUCCGUAACUACUUCAACAUGAUUGAAGGGCAAGGCCACGGUGCUAUUUUUGACUGCAAGUUCUCCACUGAUGGACAGCAUUUUGCCUGCACUGACUCACACGGCCAUUUGCUCAUCUUUGGCUUUGGCUGCAGCAGACGAUAUGAGAAGAUUCCUGAUCAGAUGUUCUUCCACACGGACUACCGACCUCUCAUCCGUGAUGCUAAUAACUACGUUCUGGAUGAGCAGACGCAGCAGGCUCCACACCUCAUGCCUUCACCCUUCCUGGUGGACAUUGAUGGGAAUCCUCACCCUCCUCACUACCAGCGCCUGGUGCCAGGGAGAGAGCAGUGCCAGGAGGACCAGCUGGUACCCCAACUAGGAUACAUGGCUAACAGUGAGGGAGAGUUGGUUGAGCAGGUACUUGGCCAGCAAACAGCAGAAAACAGAGAAAGCAUUUUGGACAAUCUGAUCAGACAGUUGCAGGAUGAGCAGGACGGGCGUGAGAUCGAAGAACCGCCGGCUGAAGAAGCGGAGGAAGGAAACGAAGCAGAGGGGGAGGCCUCCUCUGUGGCUGGUACCCCCCGCAGGAGUGGGCAGGUGGACGGGGUGUGGCAGAUGCAGCAUAACGUCCUGCUGAGUCAGGUGGCCACCGAAAGGGACCUGCUGGCCUGGAGCCGCAGGGUGAUGGUCAACGAGGUGCCGCAUGGGAUCUCCAGAUCUGUGGAGCAGUGCAGAAAAGCCAAAGGCGACAUGGAAUGUUCUCUUUACAACGCAGAGAGGCGGAAGAAGCCAGUGUCCUGCACACCAAUGAGCGAUCAGCCGACUUCUCGUCUGCGAUCCCUCCGGCCGUCCAAGAAAAAGCAGCAGCGCCACGCCUAUCAGACCCGCUCGGCUCAAGUCCGUCGUCCUCGGAGGAGUCGAAAUUCCAGCAACCGACUUGAAACUGAGAGCCAGGUGGACUCUGACAGCGAAGGAAAUGCAGCAGAGCAGGCGGAGCAAAGCGAAGCGUCCUCUGAUGGUGAAGCUCAGUGGCAGAACGAAAGCAGCUCCGGUGACUCCUCCAGUGAGUAUUCUGAUUGGACAGCCGAUGCUGGGAUCAACCUGCAGCCGCCGAAGCGACCAACCAGGAGGCCCGUACAACCCCGGGGUUACAGCAGCUCGGAGGAGGAGGAAGAGGAGGAGGAGCAGGAAGGAGAUGGCAAGGCAAAGGAGCCCAGGAAGAAGGACAACGAGAAAAAGAAGAAGCCUAAGGAGACCAAACAGAAACCCACGUCCUCUCUGGCUGGACUUGAUGCAGAGGAGUGGCUGCCACCAGCAUGGAUAAUGGAGACCGUCCCACAUCGCUCUCCUUUUGUUCCACAAAUGGGAGAUGAGCUCGUCUACUUCAAACAGGGCCACCAGGCUUAUGUCCGCGCUGUCCGCAGGGCUAAGGCUUACAGCAUCAACCCUCAGAAGCAGCCGUGGAACAGACUCGACCUCAGGGACCAAGAAUCUGUGAAGGUGGUUGGAAUUAAAUAUGAAGUUGGACCUCCCACCCUCUGCUGCCUAAAGCUGGCUUUCGUGGACUCAGUCUCAGGGAAGAUGACCAGUGAAUCUUUCUCCUUAAAGUACCAUGACAUGCCAGAUGUCAUAGAUUUUCUGGUACUUCAGCAGUUUUACAACGAAGCUAAAGACCACAACUGGCAACCAGGAAUGAGGUUCCGCAGCAUCAUUGACGACGCCUGGUGGUUCGGCUCCGUGGAGGACCAGGAGCCUCUGCAGCUGGAGUAUCCAGACAGCCUGUUUCAGUGCUUUGCAGUGAAGUGGGAUAAUGGUGAGCGGGAGAAAAUGAGUCCCUGGGACAUGGAGCCUAUCCCUGAAGAAGCUGCGUUGCCUGAGCAGGAGGGUGAUGGCGUGGAGGUGGCAGAGGACGAGCUGAAGGCUCUGCUCUACUCUCCUCAGGAAGGAGAGUGGGGCGCUCACACGAGAGAUGAAGAGUGUGAGAGGGUCAUCUUUGGCAUCGACCUGCUCCUCACACUGGAUGUCGCAAAGGCAUUCUCAUCACCUGUAAAUCUGCAAGACUACUCUCUGUACUGCACUGCCGUUUCUUACCCCACUGACCUCAGCACCAUCCACAAACGACUGGAGAACCGCUACUACAGGCGGAUCUCUGCGUUAAUGUGGGAGGUGCGCUACAUCGAACACAACGCCCGCACUUUCAACGAACCCCAGAGCCCCAUUGUAGCAACUGCCAAGGUGGUGACUGACAUUCUCCUGCGCUACAUCGGGGACCAGAGCUGCACGGACAUCUUGGAUCUGUACCACAAACUGAGGUCUGAGGUCAGCAGUGGAGGAGAAGAGGCUGAGUUGGAGGUGGACUCUGACACUCCGGGCACCUCAACAGGAAAUCAGGGAGCCAACCAGAAUUCCAAGAAGCGUGGUGUGGUUUUGGAUGUGAAAUUUUGGCGUGGGCAAUGCAAAGAGCUGUCGCGUCGAAUGAUGGUGUCGCCAGACUCAGAGCCGUUCAGGCGGCCCGUGGACCUCUUUGAGUAUCCGGACUAUCGGAACAUCAUCGACACUCCCAUGGAUCUGGCUUCAGUGUCAGAGACGCUGGGCGCAGGGAAUUAUGAAAGCCCAGUGGAGUUUGCCAAAGAUGUGCGCCUCAUUUUCAGCAACUCCAAAGCAUACACGCCCAACAAGAAAUCACAGAUCUACACCAUGACCCUCAGCUUGUCGGCCUUCUUUGAAAAAAACAUAAUCUCCAUCAUCUCCGACUACAAGUCUGCCGUACAGAAUGAGCGGCGGACCCGUCAGAGACUGAGUUACAGGGACAGGAUGCACAACGGAGGCAGCUCCCCGCCUUUAAGUCCCUCCCCCAGCUCUAAAGGGAAGCACAAGUCAGGGAGGGUGUCGAAGCCAAAAAAAUCCCAGACCUCAACGAAGACUCGUUCUCGGAGAUCAAGCCAGGCCCAGCAAAGCAGUAGCGUAGCAGAAGAGGAGGAGAAUGAGGAAGAGGAGGAAGAAGAGGAGGACGACAUCCAGCCUGCUUCCCCAGAAUCGGGGACGAGUGGCGAGAGCGGAAGCCAAGAGCCGCUCCGGGUGACCCGCAGCCAGGCAACUCCAGUGAAGAAGUCAGGGCACAGGCGUAACCUUCAUCUCAGCAACGGCUCCAGACAACGCCGCGGUCGAGAAGUGCCACAGGCCGCCGCCGCCGCCGAUGAUGAUGAUGAUGAUGAAGAUGAGGAAGAAGAGGGGGAGGUGGUAGUAGUAGCAGCAGCUGUGUCUGGGCCCAACAGCUCCUCAUCAGAUUCAUCCUCCAGCUCAUCGUCCUCCUCUUCCUCGUCGUCGUCGGACAGCGACAACAGCUCCGAGUCUGAGAUGGAGAAGUUCGUCGAAGGCGGAGAUCACGACUACAGCAAAGCCCCCUGCCUGUCGCUACGCCUCUCUGUUAAGGGUAAGGGGGCGGCAUCAGGGAAAAGGAGACACAAAGGGGGAGGGGACGCGGCACAGGGACCUAAAAGGGCGCGAGUGCAGCCACCAGUAGAAGAGGAAGAGGAGGAGGAUGCUGGGGAAGAAGAAGAAGAAGAGGAGGAGGUGGGUGGUGAAGAUGAAGAGGAGGAGGAUGGAGAGGUGGAGGAUGGAGAGGUGGAAGAAGAAGAAGAGGAGGAGGAGCAGCAACCGGUGGCUGUACAACAUGUAGAGAAUGAGGCAGAGGAGGAUGAAGAGGAGGAGCCAGAGGAAGAGGAGGAGCCAGAGGAGGAGGAGGAUCCCGAUGGGGAGGAGGACGAAGCACAGGGAGGGGCUGCGGGAGCUAGCAGUCUGAGGGGCAGCCGGUGUAAGUCUCGCCGGGUGAGCACUCGUAACCAGGGCCGCAGGACAGUUCUGUACCGGGACGAGUCUGAGGACGACGGCCACGGGUCCAAGGAAGACCCCCUCAACCUAGGCCGGUCCCGCUCAGGGAGGGUCCGCAAAAUGACGGAGAAAGCCCGCGUCAGCCACCUCAUGGGCUGGACUCACUGACCUCAAGAGGAAACUGUCUAACAUGACUUCAGGGAUUUCUUUCUUUCUUUUGUACAAGUGUAUAUAUAAUAUAUAAAUGACUGCUAAUGACUCUCACACUGAUCGCUGGUGCUCAUGAUGUGUUGCCAUGGAGGAGUCUCCUUCUCUCCACACUCUCCAGCUGGACUAACUCACCUCGGCCUUACUGCUCGCUGCUCCUCUUCCUCCUCUUGUGUGUUUCACGUCUAGGAAUAAACACUACAGCCCCCUCCUCUCUUCCUCCUGGUCACCAAAGAAGGAUGCGGUGAUGCCAAAUAUGGUGCUCAUAUUUUACUUUGUUGGUUUUCUUCUCAGCGAGUAAUCUAACAGAACUCUUCAUGGUAGUGGUAGUUCGGUCAUGACCGCGGUGAGAUGUGUGCAGUGUCACCGAUGUCAACCUUUUUUGAUACUUUUCCUCACAACCACGAGCCUUAGUUUGAAGAGCUCACCUCAUUCAGAUUUAUUUCCAUCUGUAGCUCAAGUGUAGUAGACACUAGCAAUACUUCAGUGACUGCAGUCAGUAGAAUACAGAUCCACAGACAUUUCCCAGCUCUCCUCGGACAAUUUGACGUCCUUGGCCCGUGAAUGUGUAUUGUUUUCCCUGCUUCCCUCCUGGUGGUGUUGACUGUUUUAUCGGUUCUUCAAUUCUGCUAGAAUUGGGUGCUUUUUUUUCUUUCAGUUUUUUAUUUUUAAGGGAAAAAAGAGAUUUAUCUGGGGUAAAAAGCCACUGCAUCCUGUUUUGGAUUUGUCAUACUCCCUGGUGGAUCAGACCCGCAUCAGUUUACUCAUGGUUGCUUUCAAUACAUCUUCUUCACCCAUCAUGUGCAAAAACAAAGGGUCCCUGGCGUACUCUCUUCCACAAUAAUAUUUAUUUUUCCAUUGUAUUAUACUAAGGUUACUUUUUCGUACGCUGACAGUGAUGAGGAAAAUAUUUGCACAUUUAUCUACACCUUGUGGCAGCUGAGUAGUAAAGACUGGAGAAAGAGAAAGGAUUAUUGUGUAAGAAUGUUGAAACUGUGCCAGGAUACCUUCAGUCUUUUUUCUUUUUUUUAACAGUUUGUACAAUUAAAACAAAAUGAACUUCUUUUAACCUGUGUGUGAUAGAGCUAGUUGGCCACAUUAAUCAUGCUUUCUAUUGGCUUUAAGCAAAAGUAGCAACUAUUGAUUAGUCCUAGUAGGUUGUGCCAUUUAUUCCCUCUUGUUUUAUCCACCUAUGGCCUGAUGGGUAGAUCAUAUGCACAUUAUACUACCUUUUCCCACUACAAUCAGGCAUAAUGUUGGUGUCAGAAUCCUUGUGUGGAGCUUUUCUGCAUGGUUUUAUAACAAGUGAUUCCUCAUUUUGCAAUCAGCAUGUGUUUCUCAUGGAAUUGCAUAGUAUUGGAUACCUUGUUGUUGCACCAAUAUUUACUGUGGCCGUUGUUUGGUAAAUCUUCUGACACAUCAGGGGAAAAGCUGACUCACAAAUUGUCGUUUUUAACACUGGGUGCUCUAAUCCAAACACCUCAUCAUUCAUAGGAGAGAGGUUUUUUUUGUUUUUUUCUUGAGCUGAAGAGUUUGAGUGUCAGGUGCUCAGAAAAACACACAAAUCAGCAUCUAGGGUGCUCCAGGCGGCAGCAUUACCCGCCUUCUUGGAAUGACUUGCCGUUUGUGAGAAGACUGAUUCAUAUUUUUGGGAAUCUUAUUUUCAUAUAGUAGCUGGCUCUUAGUCUCGCCUCGAAGCGUCAGAUUAGUUGACUAAAACAUUCUAUUGUAGAUGGAGUAAGAAUAUGUGACCUGUCUUUUAUACAAAAUGUUUUGAUUGUAACAGUUUUCUUUUUUUAAUAAAAAAACAUGUCAAAUGAA